AUGAAGAUCAGCCUCGUUCUCGCGUCCUUGACGGUGCUCGGUUCGGCCGUGGCACAAACAACAGCAGCAGCAGCACCAACAGGCGAAGUGAUGGGGCAAUGCUCGCGCUCCUUUGGGCCAAAAUAUCCAUGGGGCUCAUGCCUCCUUCCUGGCCACAAGAGAGUUGCCUGCUCGAAAUCCUCCCGAUGCCCGAUUGGUCCUUUCGGCAAAUGGAAUUGCAAGUUGCCCGAGGGGAAGACAGAAGCAGAGUGCAAGCCGGCGCACUGGCGACGGACGGAUUGGCCGGAUCCGCCGGCUAAGUUCAAGGGUAGGCGCAGGAGAAAGAACCAGCCACAGGAGAAGGGAGGUGAAUAA